AUGGAGAAGAGUGCACGGAGGCGAUUGGAUUGUAUUUCUCGUCACCUUGUAUUACCACCUCAAGCUAAUCAUGGUCUGCAGCAGGUGCUGUUAUUAAGUAAUGGGCAAGUGAAGAGUGAGAAGGCAGAGCCUGUGGUGCUGUUAUUACUGCUUUCCAACCUCCACAACCACAAGGCCCCGUUUGGUUCACGGAAUGGAUUUGAGGGGAAAACAUUUCCCAUGUCAUUUCCCAAGGAAUGA